AUGGGACAGGCCUCGAACGUUGGUGACACUCGAAAGCUCUACCGUCUGAUCCGCCAAGUUAGCGGUAAACCCUCUACAUUGAGUGACUCUGUUCGCGAUGUAAACGGCGGCAUUAUUGCUCUCAACUCGGCCAAAGUCGAGCGUUGGCGUGAGCACUUUGAGCACCAUCUCAACUUCGAUAACCAACCUACCUCGCCCCUGCUCUCGUCCUCAGCGGAGUUUCUUCCCUCUCCUACCUAUGCAGUGCCAUGCGAUCCCCCCUCCGAUGGAGAAGUCGCCGAUGCCAUACAAAAGUUGCGCAACAAUAAGGCACCCGGAGAGGACGGUAUACCCGCUGAAAUCUUCAAGUCUUGUGUCGACACUGGCGCCCUGGCUCUAUGAGGUGAUUGAACGAGCGUGGAGAGACGAGGUUGUUCCUGAUGACUGGGGCUUAGGCAUCCUUGUACCUAUCCUCAAAAAGGGAGAUAAGACGAGAUGCGAGAACUACCGCGGCAUAAGUCUCAUCGACGUUGCUGCGAAGAUCUUCCCUAUUAACCUGCUCAGGCGAUUCCAGGCUGUGCGUGACUCAAGGACGAGGCCUAACCAAGCGGGAUUUCGUGCUGGACGUGGAUGCGCAGACCAGAUAUUCACACUGAGGUGCAUUCUCGAAUUUCGCCAUAGCUACCAACAACCGACGGCCGUCUGCUCCAUUGACUUUGCCGUCGCGUUCGAUUCCAUUCACCGUGAGUCCCUGUGGCGGAUAAUGGCGCUAGAUGGUGUACCGGCAAAAAUCAUCGCCAUGAUCAAGGCCUACUAUCGUUCCACUACUGCGAGAGUCCUGGUCCGUAACAAUCUUUCCCAACCGUUCGGUAUUCGGUCUGGCGUCCGACAGGGUUGUAUCCUGUCACCCAUACUGUUCAACUACUCCAUUGACUGGAUCCGCGGCAGGGCCCUACGCCAGAGCGACGGCGUUGAGUUUGCACCCGGACAUUGACUGACUGAUCUCGACUAUGCCGAUGAUAUCGCCUUACUUGCUACAAGUUUUGGUGAUCUGCAGUCUAUAGUGUCACGGGUGAACGAGGUUGCUAAAUCGGUCGGUUUGUCCAUAAACGUUGGGAAGACCAAAGUGUUCUCAAGCUGCAUCCCUGACCAGGAGAAGGCACCCCUCGGGAUUGACGCUGUCAACUUGAAGAAGUAGACAGUUUUAAAUACCUUGGGGCGAGGCUGCUGCCUAGUGGACAGAGUAAGGACGACAUUGUCUCCCGAAUCGAUGCUGCCCGCUGGGUUUUUUCAAGCCUUCGGAAAUGCCUAUGGAACCGACGUGACCUCUCCAUCGCCACCAAGAUUCUCGUGUACCGUGCAUCUGUCCGGUCUGUCUUUCUCUACGGUUGUGAAUGCUGGGCUUUGCACGUGGAGGAUGAGCGAAAACCGGAGGUAUUCGACCACCACUGCCUGAGGACCAUCCUUCGAGUGAAGUUAACCGACUUCGUCUCAAAUGAGACAGUCCGCGCUCGCUGCGACAACAUCGCAAGGAUAACUCAGGCCAUCCAAGAAAGACGACUGAGGUGGUUCGGGCAUGUUCUUUGUCGUCCACCUCAGGAGCUCAGUGUUACUGCCCUCGAUCCGGCACCGUUGCCCCAUUGGAGGCGUUGAAGAGGGGGUCAGUUCAAAACCUGACUCGACACAGUUCGUCAAGACAUGGAGGUGGUUCUUGGACCUUCGGUAUUUGGUCUCCGUCGUUGGCGAAGUGGAUGGGUUGAGCUGUCCAGAUCUGCUGCCGCGGAUCGUCAAGCGUGGAGAGGUACAGUUCGGGACAUCAUCGAGGCCCGCUAGAUCAGGCAUGAUCGCAACCGUAUCAAGUACAAGUAAGUAAGACAAAAACUGUAGAGAAAGCACGUAUGUGCAUAGGUCACUUCACAAACGACUACAGGUCAAUUUUUGACCGCUGAGGUGUCACUCGCACGGAUCCUUGCUUAUGUUUGUGCCUGUUUGCAAUUAAAGUACGUCGAUUCGCUUUCCUCCUACUAUAGGCAUUCUGUCUUGUUAACAGUAUUUGUUUUAUGAGAUUUUUAUAUGGUCUUGCCAGUCCUUUUAGUGCAUUGUUCUACAGGGUUCUGAACAAACACUCUUUUAAAAUCAAUCUACCAGCUAAUGUUUGUCGCACCACUGAGCUUUUAUUUACCGUUGCCCUCAUGUGGGCUUUCAGACCGUCGUUAAAGUUAUAGCAAAUGACAGCAUUGUCUCUUUUCUCUGCGAUGGUAAACGUGUUUUUAGUCACUGUUCGUUCCACAGCAAAUCGAAAUAUCUCCGGAAAAUACCAAAAUUUUCAACGCUUAACGCGCUUUCACUGGUGGCGCCCGAAUCCACUUGACUAUUGGAGCGUGUAUAAAAUUCACUUGGAAUAUCUGGCCAGGCUGUAGGCCAGCGCCUAAAACUUAUUGCUUCCGAGGUAGAAGAAAAAGAGGCCGGGGAACAGUUUGCCAUCAGUACUCCCAUUACUGAUUUCAGGUGCCAAGACUGGUCGUUUACACAUGCUUGCCUUCUCUUGAACGCUUGCCUCCUGAACGCUGUCUUUGUCCAUUUGUCUUUACUCUUCAUCCUCCCAAAAGCAUUUCCAGCUGCGUGUUCGUUUUAUGUGUAUGUUUUUCCACAUAAAGUCGCUUGCCCCUCUGCUGUACCUUUUCUCUGCUGCUUGCUAUUUUCUACUGUUCACUCCAUUAGCGAUGCCACGACCUAAGUCCCUAAAGACAGACAGGAGGAACUGAUGUGGCAGUAAUGUCCAUCGAUCCAUCCUAAUCGCAGGACAGAAGGCGGACAUUAUCGGAAGGAAUUCGUCUGGACUCUACCUUUAGCUCGCGGAAGUGAUAAAAACUACCUUACUGACUCGGGUAUUGGAACUUUUGGCCGGCAGCAAACGUCCACAUUGUGAUAAAGAUGACUGCGCGGCGUCAGGUUGUCUCCUCUAGCGCACCGGCACGAGGGCCUAACCACAGGGCAGCGGCGACAAGCAAACUUUCCUGGUGUCGAUUCACGGUCGUCAUGCCACGGUAUCGUCAUCCGACUUGACGGCAUUUUAUAAAUCAGUCAGUAUGCCCGAUCUCUGUCUUUCGUGCCCUGGUAGCAUUGUCGCUGCUAGUCCGGAACUACUCAUUCACAAACACUGAGAACCUGUUUACUUCGCAGUUAACCCUCGCUGAGGGCCCUUCUGUUAUCCGCCAUCUGUGGACGCGCUGGAUAGCCAGUAGAUGGGCCAACGCGCAAUGUGUUUUCCCGGUGACUACAGGUGUGAUUUACCGUACGACUCACCCUCUCUAGCUCGAAUGUUCGGUCAAGCAAACCAGGAUGUUGCUGUCUUGAGUGGUCUCGGCUUUAAAAACUUCAUCACAUGGAGCCACUGUUUGGUCUGGCCUUGGAUAGCAAACUUUUAAUAAAAUCAUCUAGGCUUCGUACCGUUUUGUAAGGCUGGGAGCAUGGUACUUCCGCCUACUCUCGGCGUACUCCGUGCUUAAACUUUGCACGCAAAUUAACCAGAGUUUGAAAACAGCUUUGGCGAGACAGCAGCGCCUGUGGAACACGCAGCAUAGGGCACCAGAAGUUCUGCAGAGGGCGGUGGCUUGUCUUCUGUGGCCAAUUGCCUUCCAGGAGGCGAUGCGCUCCAAAAAACAUAAAGGGCGCAAGUGAAUGAGAUAGUUGCAUCAACGCCUCUCUACUCUGCUAGCACAUGUUCGCGUCCAAAGGGCUGGAUCAAACUGAGAUGAACGAGAUCAUGGCCCAGCCCGAAGGGUCGUUCCUCCUCUAUUUUUAGCACAAGUGAUUGACAAUAAUGGAGUUUUCGCAGCACAGAUAUCGUGGGUAUGUUCCUUACGUCGAUCAUCCCGUGGAGACAGUCAUACAAGCGAACUGCUUUUCAUUGUUCUCAGGUGAUUGGGGUUGACGGAGCCAUGAUCUAGACUUUAGGACGGCGACAGGUGCUAGCAGGGUAUGAUCAGAAUGAAUUAAGAUAAGGUACGGAGGGUCUUGGUUUAGAAAAUCCAGGUAUUCGUAUCGUCGACUACCUACCACUCGUCUCAUUACUGACAUCGUAGUAAAGUAAGGACUCCAAUUAUGAUGUUGACUAAGAUUCGUUUUCGAAAAGAGCAGUUGUAACACGCUCUUAAACCACAACGUUUGCCUCUUGAUGACCUCUACCUGCCCUCGGCUGGUCCUGUUUCGUACCUGGUGCGUACCUGUGCCAAACUAGGUCUUUGUCUCAUCUCUCAUUUGGCAUCUGGUGACUUUCGUAGCUCAGCCUCCUCACUUUUGACUGGGAUGGGGGUAGGACAUGUAACCCCCCUUGGAUGGUUGUCCAAAAUCUGCCUUCCCAUCUUAUUUAGGCAGGUGUGGCUCAAAACUGCUUGCCUGGCAAUCGGUUCCGAAGGGGGCUAUACGAUGAGCGGAUUCCCACCUUCACUGGCGUUCAUGACGUUAAAGGUACCCAUAUCGGGCUCAAAGCUAGGGUCCAUGGCUACGUUUAAAGUUAGGAUUAUUACUAGGAGUUGGGCUAUGCUUAGGGCUAGAGCUGUCAGGAUUAGGUUAUGGCUUGGGUUUGGGGUUGAGACUAGGAUUGGGGUUUUGAUUUAGGGUUGGAGUUGCAUGAUUAAGAUCAGGGAUAAGGUUAGAGUUCCAUGAUUAGGGUUAGGGUGGGGGGCAGGGUUGGGUUUUAGGGCUAGCCUGAGUUAGGUUUACAGCUGCGUUCGUGUUUGACUUGAAUGUUUACUGGUUAGCGGUCGAGGUUGCUCACUAAAGACGUGACCGCGGUUGCCGUUGGAGUUGUGGUUGACUGUAGUUCUUCCAGCGGAGUUACAUACCAUAUACUUACCCCGACUGGCAUGUACAGUGCAUUUGGGCGUGUUACGAGGUGUAAGAGGUCACGGGUCAAAUUCAUCCUAUACUCAGCCACUUAAAGGCUGUCUGGAUAUAGCCGUCUCGUCUUCGACAGAAAUCCGGCUUAUCGUUCUCGAUAAAAGAUUCAAUAUCUUUCAAGAACGAAGCUGUGCGGGAUCGCAUUGCACGUGGCAGGGUGCAUGAGCAGUCAGUAGAGAACGGGCCAGUGCUUAGGAAAAGAAGAGGGGAAGUUCACACGACUCAAGAAAAAUGAAUACGUGUGCUUUCGAUAAAUUAUCGCCGAGCCAGUGCAUCUUUAUGGCAAUGGGGCAAAAGAAAAGCAUGCGAGUGAUAGGUGAAAUCGAUUAGAGUUCAUCUGUUUAUUCAAGCGAAGUGCGAGAACAGGGAAAGGGGAGUAAGAGACAGUGAGUUAGAAGACAGGAGGGCUUGGGGGGAUGGUGGGCGCGGAGGAGUGCAUGCAUUUAACUGACGUUUUCCCACGGUAGGCCUCUGGUUAGUACCAGGUCCUCUGUGCGCACAAGACCGGCUUUUGUGGCCUGACGGCAAUCGCCUCUGCUGUUGCUAACAGACGCUGGCCAAAUGACUGAAGGUAGUUCGGCGCGACCCUGUGAAUCAGACAAAGGGUUUGUCGGGGUUCGCAUGAUGCUCGGGAUCAUCAACGUGUGCUAGAAUGGCGUUGUUUUGCUUUUGAUUUCGCUCUUUCUCGACCAUUCUGGAAGGUGUUCCCGUAUUCUUUUGGACAGGCGUCUACUCGUGGGUCAAUAUAACCCGCUCCACAGGGGCAAGUAAAGGUGUAAAUGCAUCAGGAGAUGGUCUGACUUGGCAACCUAUUCCCACCUCCACUUCUUCCUAACUCACUGUCUUUUAUUCUUCCCUCCGUUCCCGCACAUCGCUUGGAUGGAAAGACGAACGGUGGUCAAUUUCUCCUAUCUUUCACGCACUUUUACCUCAUUUCCACAUAAAUGCACCGGCUCGAUGACAAUGUAUCAAAGGCACACGUAUGCUCGCUAACUGAUUUUCUGAAUCCUCCCAUGGACAUUGUCUCAACUCCAGAAAUAUGACCAGAUAAACCGACAAGUAGCGUCUCAUCUGCGUGGCGACCAGGACCACUGAUCGAAAUUUGAAGCAUUCAGUAAGAUACCCAGAUGCUCCAACAGACAGGCAAUAACUUGGCCAGUAUGCGUGGGCGCAGUGCGGUAAUCACGACGACGGGCCGUCGCGUACGACAACAUCCAUCGAGUGCACCAUAGUUGGUGGGCGCGGGAUGGUGAUUUGUUCACGAAUUAGCGAUAAUCGUUUUGCAUAGCAUAUGCCACAUUCUCCCGUCCCUCAGCCACCUAGACCCGGUAGCAAAAGCUUUAGAGCGACCGGAGGUGGAUUCGGACAUAUUGGUUGGGAAAGCCAAACGGUCCGUCCAUGCGUCCCACGCACACGACCUGGUCCCCGCACAGCGGACCGGGUUUUUCCACAAAAACAGGGAGCAUUACGAAUCCCAUCUAAGUAGAAGCUUCAUAGGGACCUCACUAUGCAAGAGUCAUUGCAGACUGACUUCCCAUCCAGAGAGGGCCAAAUUACCCUGUCAGUAAGCAGCCUUUCCAAGCCAUGACUUUUGGCGUGUCCGAUUUUUUGUAGUGAUAAAUGUGCCGAGUACCGUGGGACCGGAGUUCCCUGAAUCGACCUCACUCUCUCUUACCUCACCCAGUCCAUUCUCCGAGCCGGUCAGUCGUCAGAUGCGGGGGCUGGGCGCAAGUGACUGGCGUGGCGCAAACUGCGCGUGCCCUAUCCCAGUCCAGUCCCCGUUUUGUCCAGUGUGGCCCUUUGUGGGGGCACGUGUUACUCACAGGGAUCUAUUUGUAUGCAUCAUUUUAGAAUUCUGCGGCUCUGUAGCGGCCGAGGACGUCAAGGGUAGCACACACCAAAGUAAGGAAACACUGAGAAGAGAUCCUGGUGGAGGUAAAUCUGAACAGAACUGUUAGCAUCUUUAGAAACUCAUUCACGCGCAGGAGAAGAAAGUACGGCAAGUAUGAGGUAUGGUAUAAUAGAACGACAUGGAUAUGGAGAAUGUGUAAAACAAACGUUGAUGCACACGUGGAAUGAGAAACAACGAAUAGGUGACCUGUCUGGAUGGAUAGGUGACCCCGACAUACUAGAUAAACAGCCGGUGGGGAUGCAGCGCUGUAGGCAACUACAGGGAAGGGCCAAGGGGGGAGCCGGCGUUGAGUGGGAAAGAGUCGACAGCGUCGGUGUGUUGCGAGAGGGGGGUGUCGGCGGUGGCGAGAGGAAGGGACACCGGCCGGCUGCACCAGCACGCAGUUACACCACCUCCAUCCCAGGUCGACGCCAAAAGUGUUACAACAUUCAAACAAUCCUGUUCAUGCCAAGGGGUGUUACAUCGCGUCUCUAAGCAUUCCGUACUGCGAACACGAAUCAUUGUUAGCAGGACGUUCACACUGAUUGCCGUUUUUAAAAUCACGAGUUUUUGUUGUUCGUAGUACCAGCACAGUAAACCGCGGUCCAUGCGUGGAGCUGUAUCCUCCCCUCCCCAACUGGCGUUCCUCGUGCGUGCCCUACCCGCAUUAUUUUGGAUUCUCUCUGCACAGGAGUUCUUUGCUUGCCUUAACGUUGGUGCAUUCGUUCGGGGUAGGCCUUAGAUGGCCCUAUACUAGUCACUAGUUAAUUCCGUUCUUGGCCAGUCACGAACAUAGGAGGAGGAGAGUAAGAUGUAUGUGCCGCAUAUUUUCACGAGCAUAAAAAGAAAACAAGCGCGCUUUUUUCACUGUUUACUAGCCGCUUUGCACAUUAGGUUGCCUAUUUUAGAAACACGAAUUGGCCACUAUACAGUGUUUGCCUACUCUCUCUAGAAUCCACUCAGAAGUGUAUCUUUACGUACCACGAAGGCACCCUUAUGGGUGCUAGAUAAAGCAAGUUAUUUACUUAUUGUAACACAUCAACGGUUGUGGCUUGGAAGUUUACUGGCUGGUGUGAUGAUUCGGUUAGAGCUGCGUUGCAGCGACUCCUUGGUGCGACUUUCACGACACCUCUCACUUCUGCAUCUUGGAUGGCCUUCAGAGAGGGAUUGACACGUCACUACGUCUUGCACUUUUACUCACUGCGGCUGUGAUCAUGCCAGACGUAGUCGACUUUGAUGAUAUACCCCCAUACAUGACGAUCGGCGGUAGCGGAUUUGGCGGACUCGACCCAUGCUUUUCUCCAGCCACGGGGACCGAAUACUGAAGGUUCAAGAACCACUUUCAUGUCUUGAUGAACUAUGUUGAGCCAGGUUUUAAGUCGGUCCCCUCUUCAACGCCGUAUCAGGUAUAGCAACACUGAACUCGUCUGGCGGACGACGAAGAACGUGCCCAAAUCGCAUCGGCCGUCCUUUUUGGGUGUCCUGACAUAUCCUCGCAGUGUGGUCGCAGCGAAUGCAGACCGUCUCAUUCGAGACAAGCUCGAUGCACUUCCCUCGAGGAAUGCCUCUAACUCAGAGAUGAUCACAUGUCUCCAGUUUUCUCCCAUCUUCCACACAAACAGCCCACUAUUCACAACCGUAGAGGAUGGGACAGAUUGCUAUGGACUAGAACUCACACGGUGGUUAAGCGACAAUAGACCUCGAUCAUGGCAAUGAUUUUUGCCGACACACCAUCUACUUCCAUUAUCCGCCACAGGGAUUCGCGAUGAACGCAGUCGAACGCGUCGGCGAUGUCAACAAAGCAGGUGGCCGUCGGUUGCUGUUGGCCAUGGCGGAAUUCCAUAACGCGCCUUAACGUGAAUAUUUGAUCCAUGCUUCCACGCCCAGCUUGAGUUCCGGAUUAGUUGGGCCUCGUCAUAGAGUCACGUACAACCUGAAGUCGCCUUAGAAGGACAAUAACAAGGACAUUUGCAACAGUUUCGCGAAGCUUAUGCAGCGGUAGUUCUCGCACUUCGUCUUAUCUCCCUUCUUGAAACCAGCACAAGGAUGCCCGAUCCCCAGUCGUCAGGAACGACCUCAUCUUCGCACGCUUGCUCAGUUGCCUCAUGGAGCCAGGGCGCCAGAGUGUCGACACAAGACUUAUAUAUUUCAGCGGGAAUAUCAUCCUCUUCGGAUGUCGUCGUUGUGCAGCCUCUGCAUUGCGUCGUCGAUUUUUCCCUCAGAAGGGGAGUCUUAUAACAUUAAAUAGGCAGGGGAGAGAUAGAACUCCGCUGCAGAGGAGAGUGAGGAGUGAGUGGGUUCAUUAUCUGAUUUGAGAAAGUGCCCGAAGUGCUCAUGCCAGCGCUCGAUCUUGGCCGGAUUAUUGGCAAUAAAGCCACCAUUGAAAUGGCGAACAGAUUCACUCAAUGCAGAGGGCUUACUACUGGCUUGACGGAUAAUUUGGUAGUCUCUACCUUAGCAUAUGUUUUCAGAACUGUUCUGAACCGUCGUACUCGGAGUAACUGCGCUCUUGUCCGUAGAAAGGUAUCUUGGACAAAGAAUUGGAAGUUGGCACGUAACUCCUUGAGGGCACACCGUUCACGGCGUUCUCAAGAAAGCGCAUGCGCCGAAAGAAGGGUCAUUUUGCACUCAGCAAGUUCCGGCCUCAUCCGACCAAUGACCGCAGGUGUAGCCGAGUCAUCUUCCAAGCCGCCAUCUCUUUACAGAAUAAAAGCGAGACAAAAUAUGACAGCGUACUUGGAACAGUCCCUCCCUUCAGCGGAUAUGCUGGCGUCUUUCGUCCUCACCGCUGCUGUGUGCUCGGCCAUUCGCGUUCGCAGUAGUCUUCCGUUUUCCCCGACACAGCUGCUUUGUCCACAGCUGCACCAGACACGGUAAACGACUCCAGAUGUUUCCUGCCGUGGCAAUGGGUCUUUCGGCCUCAUGAUCUGGCGCCUUAUGGUUGCUUCCGAGUCAUGGUUUUCCGGUCGUCAGUCAAUCAACAAGCGCAAUGGCCUACCCGCUCUAUAUUCGGCGCUGAGACUUUGUCCCGUCAAAGUAGUUGGUCGCGAGGACAGCGUGCAGAUGACCACAGUUCCUGGUGUCAGUAUCGAUGAGCUAAAUUGCCCAAGAGCCCACACGGAUGACGAAAUCCGAGCGUCCGCAACUCGACUGCGUGCGAUGAGCGUGGGAAUCGAUAAUCUUGACCGGCACACAAGCGCAUAGCAACUAAACGGCAACUGCAUGCUUCAACACCUGGCCAGUCGAACCGUAACGCACUUGGGAGCUGCCAACUGCGAUAGGCAUGUAGCGACCUAGCAACAGCAUCCUAUAAAUACUGCAACACCUGGGCAAUUUACCACCCCUAUGUGACUGUCUCUGAUGAUGGAUUCUAGUGAGAAUCCGAAACGUCGGGCUCUUUUUCCGGCGAUCGUGUCUCCGUCAUGGCAACUACUACCUGGAAGUCGCCUCUUCGCUUCUAUUAGCAUGUUUAGUGACUGUCAGAUCGUGAGUAGCAGUUUCCGAGGGAUUGGAGAGCAGAGGCGCCAAGUCAUUUACAGUUGGAGGGGUUAUUUUGCGCACACUGCGAAUUGUUUUAAAGCAGCAGCUUUUUGUGUUCGGCGUACUCUUCGACUGAAGAGUGAACUAGUGCCCGUUGGGAAUUGUUGGAAUAAUGGAAAUAUCGCCGUUCUUCCUGUUGAACUAUAUUCCAAUGCUUACUUUGAUAGUGUUACGCAAAAGACUCGGGAUGACAAAUGAUUUCAAAGGUGUAGCCACAUAUUACGAGUGGCUGUACUGAGUUUCUGACGGCCCCUACCGUUUUUUCAUCACCUCUGACCUGUAAAGGAGUUUUACGACCAUUGUUAGCGAAACUGGUCACUUGGCUAUCCACAACUAAUCACACCUGCUUUUUGUUUCCUCUCUUCCUCUAGGGGAUGACGGGUGGCAUAAUUCCGGGUCGCAUCCGUAUUCACCAACAGGCCUAUAUGGAGGCAAGUAAGUUUCGCCAAGCACUUCCAAGUAGUCCCCUCCAGAAACCUACGUUGUGAAGACGCUGGAUAGGUAUGUCAGUUUAGGAGAACUCCACAGGGCAUCCCUUCUCGGUGAUCCUAGUCUGCGUGAAGUGGUUGAUAAGCUCACAGAAAGUUCUCGAAACUGGUAAUUUUAAGGUUGAUGCUUCUUUUCUAGCAAUGCAGGUCCUUCAUCAUCGACAGAAUGGUCCGCCGUAUCCGUUGCACUCGGAGCACAUUUCUCAUCAGUUCCCAUGCGGUAGGCAAAUUUUGAAGCAUUAACAAUGUUCUAGGUGUUUCGAACUAUGUGCCAGAUCCUCAACUCGGCCAUUCCUAAGUGUUGCUACCUGGAGCAGUCGAAUUUGAAACUUUUCAAAAAAUAUAUCCUUUUAUUAGCCUUAUUUUGGUUGUUGAAUGUGCUGGAUCUUUCAUUGGUACUCACUACCCCUCAGUCAGUUAUUCCUUAA